CUCCUCCCCCGCCUCCGCCGCCUCCUGGCCAGGCAGGCGAGCAAGGAGGCAGGCAGGCAAGCAAGCAGCCCCUCGGCCCGGCCCGGCCCUGCUCGGCUUCGGCGGCCGGUGAGCGCGGGCGACGAACGAGCGACCCAGCGAGCGAGCGACCCCCGCUGUUGCUGGGAGACCCGCCGGGCAGCCCCCGCCAUGCCGCUGCUCUUCCUGGAGCGCUUCCCCUGGCCCAGCCUGCGCGUCUACGCGGCGCUCAGCGCCCUGGCCCUGCUGGGCUGCCUGCUCAGCGCCUACAGCGCCCUUCGCCAGGCCGAGCCCCCCGGCCCCGGCCGGCCCCCGCCCAACCCUGACGGGGACGCCCCGGCCCUUGAGCCGCCGCCGCUCGCGCCGGGCCCCGGCCCCGGCCCCGCCGCGCUGGACGUCACCUACUACCUGCUCUCCGACGGCCUCUGCGUCUGGGUGUUGGUGAAUACAGCCUGUUGCAUUCUGAUGUUGAUUGCAAAGCUAAUACAGACCACUGUUUUUGGUCCCCUCCGUGUUAGUGAAAGGCAGCAUCUCAAGGACAAGUUUUGGAACUUUAUCUUCUACAAGUUUAUUUUUAUUUUUGGGGUGUUAAAUGUCCAAACCGUAGACGAAGUGGUCAUGUGGUGUCUCUGGUUUUCUGGACUUGUCUUCUUACAUCUCAUGGUCCAGCUGUGCAAAGACAGGUUUGAAUAUCUGUCUUUUUCGCCCACCACGCCGUUGAACAGCCACAUUCGAGUCCUGACGCUGCUGGUUGUCAUGUUGCUUUCCUGCUGUGGCCUCGCGGUGGUGUGUGGCGUCAUCGGCUAUACCCACGGCAUGCACACGCUCUCCUUCAUGACUGCGGAGUCCCUGCUUGUUACCGUAAGAACCGUGCACGUGAUUUUACGUUACAUCAUUCAUCUCUGGGAUCUGAAUCACGAAGGCACCUGGGAGACCAAAGGCACCUAUGUUUAUUACACCGAUUUCAUCAUGGAGCUGAUGCUGCUGUCCCUGGAUUUGAUGCAUCACAUUCAUAUGCUGCUGUUUGGCAACAUCUGGUUGUCGAUGGCCAGUCUGGUGAUCUUUAUGCAGCUGCGCUACCUGUUCCAUGAAGUUCAGCGCAGACUGCGGCGCCAUAAGAAUUACCUGCGGGUGGUUGGAAACAUGGAAGCAAGGUUUGCGGUGGCAACUCCUGAAGAAUUGGCCUCCAACAACGAUGACUGUGCUAUUUGCUGGGAUUCCAUGCAGGCCGCCCGGAAGCUCCCUUGCGGCCACCUCUUCCAUAACUCAUGCCUGCGCUCCUGGCUCGAGCAGGACACCUCUUGCCCGACCUGUAGGAUGUCCCUGCACAUUGCAGACCACCAACAGGCUCCAGAGGAUCACCAGAGGGAGAACCUGGAUGAAAACCUGCCCCCUGUGGCAGCAGCCGAAGGAAGGCCUCACCUCAACCAGCACAAUCACUUCUUCCACUUCGAUGGGUCUCGCAUUGCUAGCUGGCUCCCAAGCUUUUCGGUCGAGGUGAUGCACACCACAAACAUCCUUGGGAUCGCUCAGGCCAGCAACUCUCAGCUCAACGCCAUGGCCCAUCAAAUCCAGGAGAUGUUCCCCCAGGUUCCUUACCACCUCAUUCUCCAGGACCUGCAGCUGACCCGCUCGGUAGAAAUAACAACCGACAAUAUUUUAGAGGGACGCAUCCAGGUGCCUUUCCCAACACAGCGUUCUGACAGUAUCCGACCAGCUUUGAACAGUCCUGCAGAAAGGCAGAGUACCGAUCAAGAAGAAGCUGAGGAGGACAUGGAGAUGGCAAGGAUCCUGCUUGAGCUCAGUUCAAGGCUGGAAGACACGGCGGCAUUUAAUGAAGCGGAAGCUGCUGAGACGGAGGACUUCGAGGUGAGAGGCAGCCGUUUCUCCAAGUCGGCUGAUGAGAGGCAGAGGAUGCUGCUUCAAAGGAAGGAGGAGCUGUUGCAACAAGCACGCAGGCGCUACCUUGACAAAAGCUCUGACGGUCCCAUCCCGGAUUUCUCCUCCCAGGCGGAAGGAGCAGCCUCCGACUCCCUCAUUUUGCGACGCAGGAUGUUGGCCGCCGCCGCCGAGCGGAGAUUACAAAAACAGCAUCCGUCCUAACGCCUCCGGCCCGCUGUUCCUUCCCCAUCGGUAGCCUAGAUAGUCAUCCCUCGCUCUUCUUGCUGGGAUCUCGUCCCGAGCUCAGCAAACCAUGGGCGGCGCUGGGGACCAGGGAUCAGGUUGGCUGUGCCUCCCAACUCUUGAAAAAAAAAAAAGCGCAUGCGAUCGCUCCUAAGUGUUUGGACGGCUGACCCCUUUCGCUUUUUUCUCGGGUUUCUUGAUUUCUUUGAGGUUGGGUUUUUCUCUCUUUUUCUUUUUCAGGGGGCGCCUAUCCCUACGUCCACCCUUGAGCAACUUUUCAAGCUUACUGUUGCAGGAAGGGGAGAGGAAAGAGGGGGGCACGCGUGUUUGUGGACUGUGUGAGUGACAGUCCCUUGCCAAUAUGACGUCCCCGUGAAGCUCUUUUGAGAAGUAGUGGAAUAAGUGAGAAGUGAAGGGUUAUAUAUUUUUAAAAGAAAUGGUCGUCUCCUCCUCUUCCUCCUCCUCCUCCUCCCCCCCCUCCAUGGCUGCUGGCUUUUUUCAUCCCCAACCUAUGCAGCAUCAUUUUGGUAAAGGAGACAUUUCUGCAGGUUGGGAAGCAAAGCGUGCUAAUGUGCAGCAUCAGAGCAAACAUUUUGCUUCUGUUUCAAAAAGACUCGAAGCAUGAUGUUCAGAUUCCCUCCCCUCCUAGCCAUGGAAAGUUUGAUCACCUCUGGGUUGCUUUUCCCGAGAGGCAGGCAAGAAGAUUCAGUUUAACUGUGGCUAGCAUUCAACAUUCAACGUGGAGGUAAAUUGCAGAGAACCCCCUGCUGACUUUCAGAAGAUGGCAUUUCCUUACGACAGGCGGGGCAGCCUGCAGAAUUUAUUAUUUUUUUUUAAGUGUACAUUUCACAAUAACGUUAGCUUGGUAAGAUGUACAGGCUCAAAAGACUGGAGGGCUAUUUGAUACGUAGUUAGGUAUGUUGCAGCAGUUCUCCAAUCCUUAAAUUGCUAGUAAGUAUGUCGGAAGCCUUUUAGGUUUUGGGCUUCGUAAAUAUGUUUACAGUGCAAGGCAAGUCAUUUUUAAGUGUUUCAGGAGAAUCCCCUGUAUCCAGAAAAAGCUCCAGUAUUAAUGAAAAAAAAAAGGAAUUUCUUUCACUGCUAGAUUUUUAGGACAUUUAAAGGUGAAUACCGUAUAAGAAAACUGGACAGUGUUUAAGUGAGGAUAAUUUAUUUCGAUAUACCCUUUGCAAAGCCUUAUUUUUCAAUGCUGUUUAAACUUUGGAAGGGGAAAAAAUACAGACUCUUUUGUGGCUCAGUUUUUGCUCAGAACUCAGCUCUUCGUUUUUAUUGUUUUAAAAAAGGAAAAUAAAAACUCUUUGAUCAGUGUU